CGAUGGUAGUUUUUGAAAUUCAAAUGAAAUUUGAACGAAAUAUUAUCCAAAUUAUAGCAAAUAAAGAAUUAUACUCAUUAUUUACGAUUUCAAUAAUAUUAUUUUGACGAUGAGUAUCGAUAUACCAGAUUGUACAAAACUACCCCUCAGUGAACACAUAGAGGCAUACAAUAAAAGAAAUAAAGUAACAAGAGAACAUGUAGAUUCCAUUCAAUGUAACCAAGAUUUAGUUGAAAAAGUUAUUUAUAAUUAUUUAAUUGUAAAGAGGAUUUUAAAAAACUUGUACUGGCAAGAUUUGAUGGUGUGUAAACAUGUGUGUAAAACUUGGCAUGCAGCUAUUAAAAGUUUGGCUUUGGAGUGCAGAGGACCUAGGGAGUUUGGUAUAAUAUUCAAGCCUGGAAGAUCUGAGUUUAUUAAGUCUGGAAAUUUGAAUGUACGACCUUUGUUAGUCCUAACAUUUAUUUGUGUCAAAUACAAGGAAAUUAUGAUACGGGAGUGCAAAAGUAUUGUGCCCAAGACAUGCCAGCCGAGCUGCGGUGAAUACCAUUGUUUUUUAGACAUAGUGGAUAAGUUCACUAAUGCACCAAAGGAUUGUAUGAUCACAGUGAUAUGUAAGAAGUCAGAAGACAGGUUCAUUCCACUUCCUGUCGAAGAUGUUCCUUAUAACUCCUAUUUCGUAUCUGGCCUGUAUAUACCUAUAAUACCACAAGUGCGAUGUCGUAGAAUUAUUAUCAGGCCCGAGCAUCCGUUUCAUUGUUUGUCUAUAACUAGUUCUAUUGAUAGAAUUGUAGCCAAAAAUGAAAUUUUCAAAGGCGUAAUUGUAUUUGCUAGUAAUGACAUGUUUGGAAAUGCAUUGAAUUCAACAGUUUCGGAACAUUUGAAAGAAGUGCAGCCAAAUGUACCUUUUGCAAUUGGUGGGUGUGUCACUGAAUGCACAAUUAAACACAGUGAUGUAAAGAUAAAAAAUAAUACCAAUGCCUUGAACAAUAUAAUGUCAAUCAUUGCCUUUACAGUCCCAAAGAACAAAGAGAAUGAGAGUAAUUUUGAUAUGUUCUCAUUAAUAUUAGACUCCAAAAUGAAGACUAAGGAUAAUAUUGAGCAUAUCACAAUUUUCUAACCGAGUGCCACGUUUUGAGUACAGUGCUGCUAUUAAACUAGGCUCCCUUAAAAGACUUCACAAGUACAAAAUUGAAGACGAUUGUUUUAGAUCAUGUUUCCCGGACACAACAUUCACAGGAUGCUGCUGUUUAUCUGGACUAGGUUCAAACCAUCCUGCAGAGCCUAAUGAAGAUAUUCCAACACCUAAGAGAAUCAAGAUGGAGCCAAUGAUUUACUAUAACAAUGAUGAAAAUGUCACAGUAUUUAUGUAUAUAGGUUGGGGAAAAGUAACUGCAACCAUGGGUCCCGUCGCCAAAUGAAGUUGCUAUUAACACAUGUACUCUUAUGUGUACUAAAAUAUUAAUCGGAAUAUUGUGAAGAAAAGAUUUAAAUUUUUAAUACAAUAUUUUUUUAUUGUAA